CACAACUAAAUAUAAUUACAAAACAGAGUCGUCUUUGACUUACCAAAAACAGAGCGUUUUUGCCUAAUACACACCUCUCUCUCUUCGCGGAUCUGAAAUGGCGAUACCUGUGAUCGAUUUCUCCAAGAUCAAUGGUGAAGAAAGAGAGAAGACACUGUCUGAAAUCGCUAGAGCUUGCGAAGAAUGGGGAUUUUUUCAGCUGGUGAACCAUGGGAUUCCACUGGAGCUUCUGAAUAAGGUAAAGAAGCUAAGCUCAGAUUGCUACAAAACAGAGAGAGAAGAAGCAUUCAAGACCUCAACUCCCGUGAAGUUGCUCAACGAAGUGCUUGAGAAAAACUCUGGCGAGAAACUUGAAAACGUUGACUGGGAAGAUGUCUUCACUCUCUUUGACCAUAACCAAAACGAAUGGCCAUCCAAACCCUCUGGACUCAAAGAGGCGAUGGGAGAAUACAGAGAAGAAGUGAGGAAGCUAGCGAGCAAGAUGAUGGAAGUGAUGGAUGAGAAUUUGGGAUUGACUAAAGGUUACAUAAAGAAAGCAUUUAACCAAGGAAUGGAAGAUGGAGAAGAGACAGCUUUCUUCGGAACCAAAGUCAGCCAUUACCCACCUUGUCCUCAUCCAGAGCUUGUUAAUGGCCUUCGAGCUCAUACUGAUGCAGGAGGUGUCGUUUUGCUGUUCCAAGACGAUGAAUAUGAUGGCCUUCAAGUGUUGAAAGAUGGAGAAUGGAUCGAUGUUCAGCCGCUUCCUAACGCCAUUGUUAUCAACACUGGUGAUCAGAUUGAAGUUCUUAGCAACGGAAGGUACAAGAGCGCAUGGCACAGGGUGUUGGCGAGGGAGGAGGGAAACCGGAGGUCCAUAGCUUCCUUCUACAAUCCGUCGUACAAGGCGGCCAUUGGGCCAGCAUCGGCAGCGGAGGAAGGAAGUGAGAAGAAGUAUCCAAAGUUUGUGUUUGGAGACUAUAUGGAUGUCUAUGCAAACCAGAAGUUCAUGCCUAAGGAGCCUCGUUUUCUAGCUGUAAAGUCUCUUUAAAUUGUGUCAUUGUUUUUCUAAACUAUUAUAUCACUAUUUUAUUUACACCAUGAUGUAAUUUCUCUUAAGUUAUAAAUGCCUUAUUAAAUAAUUUGAUAA